AAGCGUAACGCACAACCUGGGAACAAAGUUCAUCUACUGUAAUUUAUGUAACAAAAUCUGUCAUCUCAACAAACGGGUUUAUUAUAUUGUUAUUUUAAGGCGAUAUUAUCUAUGGCUGGAAGGCAUUCCAACCCGACCAAUCAGUGUCAAAUAACAUACAUUUUCGACCUCUUUUAGGAUAGAUUGGAGCAAUAGGACUUGUUAUACAACUACUGAAGGAAUUUUCUUAACUCGAUGGUGCAUCACUAGGGUCGGUUUUAACUGCAGCCUAUCGUUUGGUUUUUAAUAUUGUAUAAACAGAUUUUUUUUAAAGGAUUUCUUAGAUAAUGUUUUCGAGGAUUGCAUUUGGCUCUCAGCCUCUUCGGUCGAAUGUAUUUUUUUCCAAACCAGUGAAACGUUUGCAAAAACUAAGGACAACUUUUCCUUCACAAGGCAGUUGUGCAGUCCAUGUGGACAGUCCACCCACUAUCCCCACACUUACCACCAGCUAUGCCCACGGCACCUCCUCCAAGUCUCUACUCUUCAGUACGGUCGGCGGGAGCCUCCAGGCUUCAGCUGAACGCUUUCCAGACCGGGAGGCUGUAGUGUUCCUACAGGAGGGGGUCAGGAAGACCUUCUCACAGCUCCAGCAGGAUGUGGAACAGGCUGCUGCAGGCCUCCUGGCACUGGGACUGAAGAGGGGGGACCGACUGGGCAUGUGGGGACCCAACACAUAUGAGUGGGUCCUGUUCCAGUUUGCCUCAGCCAAGGCUGGCAUCAUACUGGUGUCUGUGAACCCAGCCUAUCAGGUGCAGGAGUUGGAGUUUGCUUUGAGGAAGGUUGGAUGCAAUGCCAUUGUGUGCCCGACCCAGUUUAAGACCCAGAAGUACUGUGACAUGCUCAGGCAGAUCUGUCCAGAGAUGGACACUGCUAGCCCAGGAUCCGUCAAGAGUGCCAGACUCCCUGACCUCCACACAGUGAUAGUGACAGACAGCCGGCAGCCAGGGAUGUACCACCUAGAGGACGUGAUGCAGGCAGGGAGCAGCCAGCACAUGCAGCAGCUGGAGGAGCUGCAGAAGAAACUGUCCUUCGACGACCCCAUCAAUAUUCAGUUCACAUCGGGUACGACGGGGAACCCCAAAGGUGCCACCCUCUCCCACCACAACAUCGUCAACAAUGCCUACUUAAUUGGCAUGCGACUUGGAUAUGACUGGAGGUCUCAGGUACGCGUGUGCCUACCUGUGCCCAUGUACCACUGCUUCGGCUCGGUGGGUGGUGGCAUUGUCAUGGCCACGCAUGGCAUCACGUUGGUCUCUCCCUCCUCUGGAUACGACGGGCGUGCCAACCUGGCAGCUAUAGAGAGUGAAAGGUGUACCUUUGUCUAUGGCACUCCUACUAUGUACAUCGACAUGCUGGGCCAGCCUGAUUUGGCCAAGUUUGACUUGUCGUCAGUGGAGGGAGGCAUCAUGGCUGGUUCCCCGUGUCCACCUGAAAUAGUGAAGAAGGUCAUUUCUACCAUGGGCAUUAAGGAGCUCGUAAUUGCCUAUGGAACCACAGAGAACAGCCCUGUGACAUUCUGUGGCUUCCCAACAGACAAUUUGGAGAGGAAGUCAGAGACUGUUGGGUGCAUUACCAGUCACUUAGAGGUUAAGGUAGUUGACCCUGGCUCUGGUCAGAUCAUGCCUCUCGGGAUAUCAGGAGAGCUGAUGAUCAGGGGCUACUGUGUAAUGCUGGAGUACUGGGGGGAUGUCGCCAAGACAGAAGAGUGCAUUACCAAAGACCGCUGGUAUAAGACUGGUGACAUCGCCAGCCUGGACAAGUAUGGCUUCUGCCGCAUCGAGGGUCGAAUCAAGGACAUGAUCAUCCGAGGAGGGGAGAACAUAUACCCAGCUGAGAUUGAGCAGUUCCUACACACCCACCCUAAAGUCCAGGAGGCACAGGUGAUUGGAAUAAAGGAUGAGCGUAUGGGAGAGGAGGUGUGCGCCUGCCUGAAGCUGAAGGCGGGACAGGAUUGCAGUGCAGAGGACAUCAAAGCUUACUGCAAGGGAAAGAUUGCUCAUUUCAAGAUCCCACGCUAUGUAACAUUUGUGGAGGGCUACCCACUCACAGUUUCAGGAAAGAUCCAGAAGAACAAACUGCGUGAGCAGACAGAGAAGUUUCUGGGACUGUGAAGGACUGUGAAGUAACGAGAGAAUGUCGGCCUAGACAUGGUGGCUCAUAUCUCCGAUGCAUGGCAUAUGUUUUCGCUCCACUCUGCCAAAGCACCUGCUGAAAUCAGUCAUUAUGGUUGCAUUUAUACAGGCAGCCCAAUUCUUAUCUUUAAUUCACAAAUAUUUUUUUUAAAGAGCUAAUGUGAUAAGAUCUGAUGCGACUGGUCAAAAGACCAAUAAUUGGAAAAGAUAUCUGAAUUGGGCAGCCUAAGGGCUGUAAAUCCGUAGCGCUGAAGAUCCACUUUACAGAGCGAUUGACAAUUAAAGGCGAUGUUCCCGCAGUCGCGGAGACUGCAUUCACGGUAAACACAGAAAUUACCUUUCAAUUUUAAAUGCGGAUCUUCCGCAAUACGGAUUGAACCCAGCCGUAAGUGCCAUCAUUUGUGCCUUUUUUAAUGCAAACCUUUUUGCAGAACCCAUUGGACUAAUGCUAUGUUUUAGCAGGCACAGUUUAACAGGAAAGCGAAGCCAUGUACAGCAGUCAGCUAAACACUGACAGCCAAAUGAUUUUACUGUAUUUUUAGGAUCGAUCGUGUAAUUGUGACAGCCUUGAAACCACCUCAUCAAUCUGUGACUCGGGGCUCUAUUCAGUGUGUAAAACUGAAGCGUUACAGAUUCUGCGAUUUGUAAAAUGUAAAAGGUAAUUUCCAAUUGAGCCGACAUCUGCAGGGUUUACCGCUAAAGCGGGAACAUUGCCUUUACAUUUCAGUGAAGCUGUACUUCGGCGACGCGGAUUGAAUAGCGCCCUUAUAUUACAGCUGCCUAUAUGUCAAAAUAAAAAACAUGUACCUCACCAUUAAAA